AUGUACACGGAAAAGCUGAGGCGCUUGCCACAGGUAAGCUCAAACCUUAAAGAAUUUGACGAUGAGGCAUAUUAUUCCAAUCCCCUUAUGUGGUUUAAAUUAAGAACUGUACAUAAGCGCCGACAUUUUGAAUGGAUUAAGCGAUGUGCAGGAAUUGUCAAGUUAAAAAUCAGUCAAGAAGAAAUAAAAAUACCUGAAGUGCGUGAACGUCAGGAUGAGUACUACGUUAAUAAAAUUCGGGUCAAUGUACGCAAAAUUCCUAUCCCCCCUAUGCUUAGAAAAACCGAAGAGAAAAUGUUGAGUUAUUCACCUAAACGUUUAAGAGAUAAGUAUCCAAAACUAGUAUCUGAAUACAUGAAAGAAGUCAAAGAAGAAUAUGAUAAACUUAUACGUGCUUAUAGUCUGAAAUGCAUUUUAGUGCAUCCCGAAUUUGAAGAUGAAGAUCCAGAUAUAUUUAAAAUAAAUCAUACCGAUUUUAAUUUAAAACGACUUGGCCGUACAGAAAAUUAUAAACAAUAUUUAGCAAAUAGGUCAAAGUUAGAGAAAAGGCUGUUUAUGUUAUAUAAAAUUAUGCGUUAUCUUCUAAUAACAUCGGAAAUAGAUUUCCCACGACUAUUUAUUCCGUUCGAGAACGUUCGUUUCACUCAGGGCCAUACGGCGCAUGCAGAAUAUGGACUCGGUGGACGUGAAAUGAUCACAUAUAAAAUGCUUCUUAAAUAUGUGAAUGUUAAUUUAGAAGCACAUCAAACAUACUUUCGGUACACCUGGUAUCCAAAAGUAGUGCCAAAUAUACGAACUCAUUUUCGUAAACGCCUAAUACCAAAAAAUUUAACGAUCGUUGCAUUCAAUUGCAUCGAAGGUUUCAUAAAUAAACAGUUGAAUAAUGUUAAGAUGCGAAAUUACGAGGAAUUAGUUAGAAUAUGCUCUCAUCCUCGUCUAAUACCCAUGUUGCAAUUUUUACUGCAAUGUGAUGAAACUAUUGGUAUUGAUAGCUAUCCAAGCUUAGAAGCGGUGGAAGGAACUUAUGAAGAAAUUGUAUAUAAUAUAGCUGAGCUGGGAACAAAAAUAGAAGCUCUGCAACCUUUGGUUGAUACAACAUAUUCUAAGUUUAGUCCUGAUUACUUACGAAUACAUACAAAUGAAAAUUAUAUUGCUGAAUUUGUUAAUAGAUUAAAAAUGAUACUCCGCAAAACAUACACUCCCUUGCGAGAAUAUAUAGAGGGCUUGAGAGAAAAAUAUAGACCUCUUUAUGAUGCUGAUGAACUAGCAGAACUGUAUGAGUUUCUCAGUGAGCCGCGUGAAUUUGACCAGUAUUUUGAAAAAAUUGAUUAUUACUACAGUUUUAUUACUAAAAUACGUAGUGAACCGGCGAAUGAUUAUUUCAUAAUGGCAACCAUCAAGAACACACCAGCAAUUAAAUCAUUGACUAAAAUAGCAAAUGAUCUAAUUGAUCUAAUAACGAAAGAAGUUGUCCGGCAACAUAUUAAAGCAGAGGAAGAUAUUUGCGAUGUAUUUGAAGAGAUUAAAGCAAGAGCACUUAAAGUACCAAAGAGUACAGAAGAGCUAUUGGAAAGUACUGAGUAUAUGUUAUAUGUAAAGAAAGAAUUACUUUUCGAACUAACUGACCGCAUUAAUCACUGUCUUAAAGUAUGUACAAAUGUUGCUGAGUUGGCGGAGAUGUCACAGUAUCAUUUCGAUUUGACAAUUAGAACUAUCACUUGGCUUAGGGAUAUUAUUGAAAUAUGUGAACAUAACGCUUUACAGCAAGAAAACUAUAAAACAGCAUUUGAAGAACAUUUACAGGAUGCCGUCAAAAAGCUUGAAUCGGAUAUACUUGAAUUGAUACCCAAGUUAAGUGUUAUAAAUGAUAUGAACGAUCCGGAAAAGUUUCGCGAUAACUACAUUUUAUUGCAAAGUUUUAUGGAUCAAUUAGACAUCUUUGAGGACUACGUAAAAUGGAUAAAUAAGGAAGAAAAACUUUUAAAGAUUCAAAGAUCAGAAUACCCUAUAUUAGAAAUUCUAAGAAACUACGUUUUCCCUUUUGCGGAUUUACUGAGGUUAUGCAUAAAAUGGAGACGUCAUUACAAUUUAUGGAUGGAUGGUCCAUUUGAGUAUUUAGAUCCUAAAUUCGUAGAAUAUACAUCAGAUUUUUAUCUAAAGGAGUUUCAAAAAAAUCAAAAAUUCUACCGUAUUAAAAUAAAACAUGACAAUAUUGAUGAUCCUGUGGUCAAAUUUCGGGGUCAAACAGAGGAUCCUGAUACAGACAAACACCCUGUACCGUUAAGGUUAUGCACUAAAAUGAUCGCUGCUAUUAAGGAUUUUUCCACAGGCAUUUUUGUUGUAAAUAAUUUAUGUAAUCCAGCCUUAAAGAAACGACACUGGGCUGAAAUGUCUGAAAUUGCUGGUUUCGAUUUAACUCCAAAUGCUGGAACCACGUUAGGAAAGAUAUUAAAUUAUGGACUUGACAGUAAAUUAGAUCAAUUUGAAAUUAUAAGCGUCAGCGCUAAUAAAGAAUUACAAUUGCAACAAAAUCUUCAUGCUAUGAUUAAGGAGUGGGAGACUCGUUUUUUUCCUACUGGUCCAUAUAAGGAGACAGGCAUACAAAUACUUUCCAGUCUUGAUGAUAUACAGGCACUGCUUGACGACAAUAUUUUAAAAACACUAGCAAUGCGAGGUUCAGCCUUUAUGAAAUCUUGUGAAAGUGAAGUAUUGGCUUGGUAUGAUAAAAUAAUGCGGGUUAAUGAAACACUUGAUCAAUGGGGAAAGGUUCAAUCUAAUUUUUUGUAUUUGCUACCUAUAUUUUCUUCUAAAGACAUUGUUGCGCAAAUGCCUGAGGAGGGUCGCCUAUUUCAGAUUGUUGAGCAAACAUUUAUGAGAAAUAUGGGCAUUGUGCUUCGACAGCCAUUGGUAAUGGAAACUGCACCUUUACCAGGUUUAUUAGAAUCUUUACAAAAGGCUGUUGAACUAUUGGAUGAUAUAACAAAUGGAGUAAAUAGUUAUUUGGAAAAAAAACGUUUAUUCUUUCCGCGUUUCUUUUUCUUAUCUAAUGAUGAAAUGUUGGAAAUUUUAUCUGAAACUAAGGAUCCACUGCGUGUGUUACCACAUCUUAGCAAAUGUUUUGAGGGUAUUAGUAGUUUGGAGUUUGAUUCAGUUAAAAAUGUUUUAUCAAUGAUAAGUAGUGACAAAGAAAAAAUUAAAUUCGUUGUUGAGGUGUCUACUGCAGCAGCUGGUGGUAGUGUGGAGAAAUGGUUACUGGGUGUUGAGGAGGAAAUGUUAAAAGCAGUAAGAUAUCAAAUGGAACUUUCUUAUCGACAUUAUCCGAGAGUUAAACGCUACGAUUGGGUUCUACAUUGGCCGCAAAUGAUUGUAUUAUGCAUAUCACAAGUUUAUUGGGCCGGCCAAGUUCAUCACAAUUUGCGAAAAUCUUCGGCUAAUCAAAUUGUAAUGAUUGAUUUUUUUAAAGAAUUAAAUCGAGACCUCAAUGAUAUAGUUGCUCUUAUAAGAUCUACAACGAUUACAAAUUUGAAUCGGAUAGCUAUUAAAUCACUGAUUGUAAUAGAUGUUCAUGCGAAAGACGUAAUUGAAGAAUUAAUUCGUUUAAAAAUUAAAAGUGAAUUUGAUUUUCAAUGGAUGUCUCAGUUGCGUUAUUACUGGGAAAAUGGGGACACACUGGUUCGUAUUAUAAACGCAACAGUGCCAUAUGCAAAUGAGUAUCUUGGAAAUUCUGAUCGUUUGGUCAUAACUCCAUUAACUGAUCGUUGUUAUCGAACACUUGUUGGUGCCUAUCAGUUGAAUUUAAAUGGAGCACCUGAGGGUCCAGCAGGUACUGGCAAAACAGAGACAACUAAAGAUUUGGCAAAGGCCUUAGCAGUACAAUGUAAAGUUUUUAAUUGCUCAGAUGGUUUAGAUUAUAAGGCAAUGGGAAAAUUUUUCAAGGGUCUAGCUUCAUGCGGCGCUUGGGCGUGUUUUGAUGAAUUUAACAGAAUUGAAUUGGAAGUGUUGUCAGUUGUAGCGCAACAAAUUCUACUUAUUAUACAAGCAGUACGUGCGAAAGUGACAAAAUUUAUAUUUGAAAACACAGAACUAACAUUAAAUCCAGCCUGCUAUGUAUGCAUUACAAUGAAUCCAGGCUAUGCUGGACGCUCAGAGCUUCCCGACAACUUGAAAGUACUCUUUCGCUCCGUUGCUAUGAUGGUUCCAGAUUAUGCUAUGAUUGGCGAAAUUUCACUUUAUUCAUAUGGCUUUGUGGACGCACGUAAGUUGGCUGUUAAGAUUGUGACAACAUACCGCUUGUGCUCAGAACAGUUAUCAAGCCAAAAUCAUUACGAUUAUGGUAUGAGAGCUGUUAAAACUGUACUCUCGGCAUGUGGUAAUAUUAAGAAGCAAUUUCCAGAUGAAGUUGAAGAUAUAUUAUUAUUACGAUCACUGCUUGAUGUUAAUCUUCCAAAGUUUUUGUCAUUUGACAUACCACUUUUUGAAGGAAUUAUAAGUGAUAUAUUUCCUGGAAUUACUCUACCCAGCGCUGAUUAUAGUCUUAUUGAAACUGAAUUCAAAAGAAUAUGUGAGGAAAUGAAUCUACAACCACAGGAAAGUUUUCUUAUAAAAGUGAUACAAACAUAUGAAAUGAUUAUUGUGCGGCAUGGCUUUAUGUUAGUGGGAGAACCGCUUUCAGGUAAAACUAAAACUUUACAGGUAUUAGGUAGAGUUUUAUCGGCGUUGAAAGAAAAAGCACCUGAAGCAAGUCCUUAUUUUCAAUAUGUGCAGAUGGGAAUAAUGAAUCCCAAGUCAAUUACGAUGAAUCAGUUGUACGGUUCUUUUGAUCCAGUUUCUUAUGAAUGGACAGAUGGUUUAGUAGCAAAAAUUUUUCGUGAUUUCGCAAUGACUCCAACACCGGACCGAAAAUGGGUAAUAUUUGACGGACCAGUUGAUGCUGUUUGGAUUGAAAAUAUGAAUACAGUGUUAGACGACAACAAGAAAUUGUGCCUUACAUCAGGUGAAGUUAUAACAAUGACAAAUGAAAUGUCAAUGGUAUUCGAAGUCAUGGAUUUAACUCAAGCUUCUCCUGCCACUGUAUCCAGGUGUGGUAUGAUCUAUAUGGAGGCGGCAACACUUGGUUGGAGAACACAUGCUAAAUCAUGGUUUAACAAAGCCGACGAACGUUGGGCUGAUGAGGAAAAUAUACCAUAUGUCAUGAGUCUUUUUGAAUGGCUUUUAGAGCCGUGUAUGGAAUUUGUAAGAAAGCAUUGUACGCAGCAUCUUAGGCCAGGUGAAUAUAAUUGUCUAACAACAACUUUGGAUAUAUUAGAAAUGCAAAUAUUGGAAUCUCUCGAGGAAAAUCCAGAAGAUUAUGCAAAGUACUUAUUCUUGCAUUUUCAAGCAGCAAUUCUAUUUUCACUUACGUGGGGCAUAGCUGGUAUAUUGGAUACUUCAUCAAGAAAUAAAUUUGAUCAAUUUCUAAGAGAUCUUUGGGGUUCAGAAAAUAUUCCUGAAAAUAUUGGAAAACUUGAAAUCUCUGUUCCCAUCGAAGGCUUAAUAAUAGAUUAUGUAUAUGUGUACAAACAAAGAGGGGCUUGGCGUCAUUGGCCUGAAUUGGCAAGACGUAUGGACACGGAAAUAACAGCAGGGGGAGUACAAGUGCCAACACAAGAUACUGCUAGAUAUAUGCAUUUAUUGGAAAUGCACAUUAAACAUGGCAAAAGGUUUCUUUUGGUUGGACCUACUGGUACGGGUAAAAGUGUUUAUAUACAAAACUAUCUAAUGAAUAAAUUGGAUAAAGAGCUUUAUGAGUCGGCAUUUAUGACUAUGACAGUCAUGAUAACGGCAAAUCAAACACAAGAUCUUAUCAUUUCUAAGUUGGUAAAGAAAAAACGCGGUAUAUAUGGGCCACCACAAGGUCUAACAACAAUUCUUUUUGUGGAUGAUAUGAAUAUGCCAGUCAAGGAGGUCUAUGGAGCACAACCACCGCUAGAACUAAUGCGUCAAUUCUUUGAUUAUGGUCAUUUAUAUGACCUGAAAGACAGCUCUAAAGUAUUCAUAAGCAACUUGAUGUUCAUUAGUGCAUGCGGUUUGCCAGGAGGCAGUCGUCAAGACGUUUAUGCUCGAUUUCUUAAUCAUUUUAAUGUAUUCUCGAUAAACACAUUCUCUGAUGAAACCAUGAACAGAAUAUUUGUAAAUAUGCUACUAAAUGGGUUUCGACGUACUGGUCACAGUAAUGAUGUUUUCCUGGUCACCAAUCAGAUAGUCAAUGCAACACAAGCCAUCUUUAAAGCAGCUCAAAAGGAUCUAAGAGCGACACCAGCUAAAUGCCAUUACAUAUUUAAUUUACGCGAUAUUUCACGUGUGGUAACGGGGUGCUCAUUGUUGAAAAAGGAAUCGGUUUCUGAUAAGAGGCAAUUUAUACGUAUCUGGUAUCACGAAGCAUUACGUGUAUUUUAUGAUCGCCUAGUUGAUGAAAGCGAUCAAAUUUGGUUAUUUAAGCAAUUGAACGAAUGCAUUAAAACAAAUUUUAGAGAAAAAAUUGAAUCCGUAUUUGACAUAUAUUGUGACAAUACUGGUCCAGAACCUGUGUUUACAUUAGAAGGGGCAAGCCAAAUCUUUUUUGGUGUUUAUUAUGAUGAAGAUAAUACUCCAGAUGAGAGACGAUACGAGGAGGUGCCUAGUAUGGAUAGUUUUUACAAAAUUGCUGUCAGCAGCUUAGAGGAUUACAACUCAACAAGGCGUAAUAAAAUGGAUAUAACACUAUUUACAUUUGCCUUGCAGCACUUGAAUAGAAUAUGCCGCAUAGUUGCCAUUCAAGGCGCAAGUGCUUUGCUUAUUGGUAUUGGUGGUUCUGGUCGACAGUCAUUGACUAAACUUGCUUCUAAUAUGGUACAAACCUCAUUUUUUCAACCAGAGAUCACAAAAAAUUAUGGUCCAAAUGAUUGGCACGACGAUUUGAAAGGGAUUCUAAAAGAGGCUGGUGGUUUGGAUAGGCAUACUAUUUUUCUUAUGACUGAAAAUCAAAUUAAAAUGGAACUAUUCUUACAAGAUAUUGAUUGUUUAUUAAAUCAAGGUGAGGUUCCUAAUAUUUUCGCUAUAGAUGAAAAACAGGAAGUGCUGGAAAUGGUGCGUCUGGCAGCACAAGGUGGCAAUCGUAACAUCGAUAUUUCACCAUUGCAAGUAUUUUCAUUUUUUGUGAAUAGGUGCAAGCAGAAACUACAUAUUGUGCUUUGCCUUUCUCCAAUUGGCGAUGCACUACGAACACGAGUGCGCUUAUAUCCCUCGUUAGUGAAUUGUUGCACCAUUGAUUGGUACCAAAGUUGGCCUGAAGAGGCAUUGCAAAUGAUUGGAAAGAUCUCAUUGGAAGGUGUUAAUGUGCCAUCGGAAGCUAUGAAACAAUCAAUUGUAGAGACCUGUCAGUAUUUCCACACUACAGCAAUGCAAGUGACUGGCAAAUUCUGUGAACAGACUAAUCGUCACAUUUACAUUACUAAUGCAUCAUUUUUGGAGUUGAUUAAAUCAUUUGAAAGUGUGAUGGGACGCAAGCAAAAUCAAAUAAUGGAAAUGAAAAUGCGUUACGUCGGUGGAUUAGAAACCUUGGCAAAUGCAGCUGCUGCUAUCUCAAUAAUGCAAACAGAAUUAAAUGCUUUAAAGCCGAAGUUGGUGCAAUUGGCAGAAAAUUCCCGUCGCAUGAUGUUGGAAAUUAAUCAGGAAACUUUGGCCGCGAGUGCAGCAGCAGAGCAAGUGAAAAGAGAUGAAGCUGUUGCUAGUGUACAAGCGGAAGCAGCGCAAGAAUUAAAAGUUGAUUGUGAAAAGGACCUUGCUCAAGCGAUUCCAGUAUUAGAGGAGGCUAUACAAGCUUUAAAUACGCUUAAACCGACUGAUAUAACUUUGGUGAAGUCAAUGAAAAAUCCGCCAUCUGUUAUUAAAUUGGUUAUGGCAGCUGUGUGUGUUAUAAAGGGUAUAGCACCAGAUCGAGUAGUUGAACAAGGCACUGGCAAAAUGGUGAAUGAUUAUUGGGGACCAAGUAAACGCUUGUUAGGCGAAAUGAAUUUUUUGCAAAGUUUAAAAGAUUUCGAUAAAGAUAAUAUCAAUCCGGAAAUAAUGAAGAGAAUUCGAAAAGAGUUCAUACCACAUAAGGAUUUUCGACCAGAAAUUGUUGCAAAAGCUUCAAGUGCUGCUGAAGGUUUAUGUAAAUGGAUUAGAGCAAUGGAUUUAUAUGAUGAUGUAUACAAAGUUGUAGCGCCAAAGAAAGCAAAAUUAAUGGCUGCUGAAAAAGAAUAUGCUGAAACAAUGCAAUUCCUGACUGAGAAACGACAAAUGGUCGCUGAUUUGGAAGAGAAAGUAGCUAGAUUAAACGAAGAACUAGAAAAAGCUAACGCUGAAAUGAAGAAAACGCAAGAUGAAGCUGAACUCUGCCAAAAUAAACUAUUACGUGCAGAGGCAUUAAUUGGUGGUUUAGGCGGAGAAAAAACUAGAUGGACUAAUGCUGCUGAAAAUCUACAAAAAGAUUAUGAUCAUUUACCAGGUGAUAUAUUAAUAUCAUGCGGUAUUAUUGCUUAUUUGGCGGCAGUGAAUUUUCAGUACAGAAGUGUGUGUGUAGAUGAUUGGUAUAAUAAAUGUGUAAAGGCUAAGAUACCAUUGUCCAAGGAAUAUAGUAUAAUAAAUGUAUUAGGUCUUGACAUAGCUAUACAAAACUGGAAUCUCAAUGGAUUGCCAAAUGACGCAUUUUCAACAGAAAAUGCUAUUAUACAAGACAACUCAAGUCGCUUUAGUUUGUUUAUAGACCCGCAAUCACAAGCAAACAACUGGAUAAAAAAUAUGGAAAGAAAGAAUCGGCUCAGUUGCGUAAAAUUUAAUCAAAGUAAUUACAUGAAAAUAUUGGCAGAAGCGAUGGAGUUCGGAGCACCAGUAUUAAUAGAGAGCAUAUUGGAGGAACUUGAAGUACCUCUAGAUCCUAUAUUAUUUCGUAAAACAUUUCGACAAGGAGGACAAACGCUAAUUAGCUUGGGUGACAAUGUUGUGCCUUUCUCGUCUCAUUUUCGUUUAUAUUUAACAUGUUCUCUCAGAAAUCCGCACUUUCUACCAGAAACAUUUAAUAAAGUAACUAUAAUAAAUUUUGCUCUAACACAAAGCGCACUAGAGGAUCAACUACUAAGUAUAGUUGUAGCAAAAGAACGUCCAGAUUUACAAGAAUUGCGUCUGUCACUUACUACUGAAUCGGCACAAAAUAAGGCUGCACUAAAAGAUGCUGAAAACAUGAUUCUUAAAACUCUAAGCUCAUCUGAAGGUGACAUUUUGGAAAAUGAGAAAGCAAUUCAAAUUUUAAAUGAAUCAAAAAAUCUGUCUAUUGAUAUUGUAAAAAAGCAAGCGGCAUCAAAGGAAACGGAAGUGAAAAUUGAAGCUUUUCGCUUAAACUACAAGCCAGUUGCUGUUCAUUCGUCAAUACUGUACUACUCCAUAACUGAUUUGCCAAAUAUUGAUCCCAUGUAUCAAUUUUCUCUUAACUGGUAUAUAAAUCUGUACAUGUAUUCCAUUGAAACUGCGAACAAAUCAAAAGAUUUACCCAGACGAAUAAAGUUUCUGGUAGAUGGUAUCACUAAAAACUUAUAUAAUAAUGUUUGUCGAUCGAUUUUCGAGAAAGAUAAACUUUUGUUUUCCUUCAUUUUGACUUCGCGUAUACUCUUAGGUUCCAAUCAACUAAAAAUGCGGCAAUUAUCACAUCUUGUGACAGGUGCUAAAGAAUCUACUGGUGGAGCACCAAAUCCAGAUCCAAGUUGGAUUACCGAUAUUAUGUGGUUAAGCAUUUUGCAUUUAGAAGAACUAUCUGAAUUGAGAGGGUUUGUUAAUUCUUUUAAACAGAAUAUGCAGGCUUGGAAGCGAAUAUACGAUCAUAGUGAACCGGAUCAACAAGAGCUGCCAGCUCCAUGGCAAAAUAAAGUAACUGGUUUUGAGAAAAUUAUAAUAUUAAAAGCUUUUCGGCCGGACAAAGUAUUUCUUGCCAUACGUUCUUUUAUAGCAAAAGAAAUGGGUGCACAAUAUGUCACGCCGCCUGAUUUUGAUAUAGCCAAAUCGUAUGCAGAUUCGAAUGCGUUGUCGCCACUAAUUUUUAUAUUAUCUCCAGGAGCUGAUCCAAUGGGUUCUCUUUUAGCUUUUUCUGAGAAAAUGGGAUAUGAAGAAUCAUUUCAAAGUAUAUCAUUAGGACAGGGACAAGGUCCAAUCGCAUGUAAAAUGAUAAAAGAUGCUCAAGAGCUAGGAUUUUGGGUAUGUUUACAAAAUUGUCAUUUAGCGGCUUCGUUUAUGCCAAUACUUGAAUAUUCAUGGGAGAAUAUGGAUACAUUUAAUACACAGCCAAAUUUUCGCCUAUGGUUAACAAGCUAUCCAACCCCACAAUUCCCUGUAGCAAUACUUCAAAAUGGUGUUAAGAUGACAAAUGAACCUCCAACAGGCUUAAAAGAAAAUAUUAUGCGGUCAUAUAAUUCUGAACCUAUUAAUGAUACAACUUUCUAUACAGGUUGUGCUAAACAAGACCGCGCAUUUACUCGUCUUCUAUUCGGUAUAUGCUUCUUUCACGCUGUCGUGCAAGAAAGACGAAAAUAUGGUCCUAUGGGUUGGAAUAUAUCAUAUGGUUUUAAUGAGUCUGAUCUACAAAUAUCAGUGCUCCAAUUAAAUAUGUUAUUGAAUCAAUACGAACAUGUUCCUUACGAUGCUCUUUCCUAUCUCACAGCUGAAUGUAAUUAUGGUGGCCGAGUCACGGAUGCAUGGGACCGACGUGCUAUUGUGACAAUAUUAGCAGAUUUUGUUAAUCCACUUGUUGUAGCUGAUAUGCGAUAUAGAUUUGCUGAAGAUGAUAGUUAUAUUUUACCUAGAAAAUCAGAACAUAGGGAAGUUUUGAGAUAUAUUGAUGAGAAUAUCCCAUCACUAGCGCCACCAGAAGUAUUUGGAUUACAUAGCAAUGCAGGCAUAACAAGAGACUUGCAAACAACAAAAACCUUACUUGAUUCAACUAUAGCAAUUCUUGGAAGUGAAGUGACAACAACUGCAGGUGCUGGACAAAGUGCUGAUCAGAUGAUAUUAAAUACAAUUGCAGGUAUUAUACAAAACAUGCCGAAGGAUAUGGAUGUCGAUGGAGCGAAAGUGAAAUAUCCUGUAGAAUACAGUGAAUCAAUGAAUACCGUUCUUGUACAAGAAAUGGAAAGAUUUUUAAAACUACAAAAAGAAAUUCGCUCCUCUUGUCGCGAACUAGAAAAAGCGAUUGAUGGCAUAAUUGUGCUGACACCCGAAUUUGAAAAUAUUAUAAAUGCUAUUAAAUUAAAUAGAAUACCAACUAAAUGGAUGGGAAAAUCAUAUCCAAGUUUGAAAACGCUUGGAUCUUACUGCAAAGAUUUAUUCAAACGCUUAGUUUGGCUGGAUCAUUGGUACAAGACAGGAAAGCCACCUACAUAUUGGUUAUCAGGGUUCUUCUUUACUCAAGCAUUUUUAACAGGUGCUAUGCAGAAUUUUGCCAGAAAAUACAAGAUUCCUAUUGAUACCUUAACUUUCGAUUUUGAAGUUUUAAGCGUUGACAGUAUAAAGGAACCGCCUACUGACGGAGUCUUUGUCAAUGGACUAUUCAUAGAAGGUGCUCGUUGGAAUUGGAAUCAAAAUCAUGUAGAUGAGCAAAUUCCAAAAGUAUUGAUUAGCAGUAUACCUGCAAUUUACUUAAAGCCUGUUGAAAUCGUCCGUCUCGUUGAAGGCACUCGAUAUAAGUGUCCAGUUUACAAAACAGCCGAACGUAAGGGCGUUCUAUCAACCACAGGACACUCCACAAAUUAUGUUAUUCCUGUUUUAUUAAAUACCAAAAAGAAGGCGUCUCAUUGGGUAAAACGUAGUACUGCUCUCAUUUGUCAAACAACUGACUAGUGAGACUAGUGAAUAACAAAUAA